AUGUUCCUUUCUACAUGGAUACAACAGUAUGCUGACCUUUUUGACAAAAUCGAUAUAACAGGCGAAGGCACAGUUGAUUGGGAUAAAUUCGCUUCUCAUAUUCUAUUGGAGUUCUACGAGAAGGAUGAUCGAAUCAAGACAACAAAUUGUCCUCAAUGGCGAGAAUUGAGGACUCUUGCAAGCCCACACAAAGAUGUCAUCCAAGGCGUAAUGUACUUGAAGCACUUCUCCCGCUACUUAAGCGUUGGAUGGCUCAGUGGUAAUCUGGGGUCUGGAUAUGAAACCACAGAGAAUGGCCAAGACAGGCACUGA